GAAAACAAGGAAGAAGAUGAUGAAUCCUAAUGGCGCGUCGAGCUCUGACGGAGAUGGAGCCUCUCAUUCAUCUUCCGCUCUCAAAAAGAAUUCCAAGAAACCCAAAUAUUCUAGAUUCUCGCAGCAAGAGCUUCCCGCCUGCAAACCAAUUCUAACGCCUGGAUUGGUAAUUUCGACGUUCGUAGUCGUUAGCUUUCUCUUCAUCCCCAUUGGCCUCGUUUCCUUGUUUGCUUCUGAACGUGUUGUGGAGAUAAAGGAACGAUAUGAUGAAGAUUGCAUUCCUUCUAAUUAUACCAAAAACGUGGUUGGAUAUAUCCAAAGCAAUGAAACCAACAAGACUUGUGUUAAGAAAUUUACUGUCCCAAAGAAAAUGAAGAGUCCUGUUUUUAUCUAUUAUCAGCUUGAUAACUUCUAUCAGAAUCAUCGACGAUAUGUUAAAAGUCGAAGUGACAAACAACUGCAGAGCAAAGCAUUUGAAGACGAAACAGAGACCUGUAAACCUGAAGAUAGUGCCGAUAAAUCUCCCAUUGUUCCUUGUGGCCUCAUUGCCUGGAGUUUGUUUAAUGACACAUACAGGUUUUCAGUGAAAAAUGCGGCACUAAAUGUCAGCAAAAGGGACAUUGCAUGGAAGAGUGACCGACAACACAAGUUCGGCUCUGAUGUCUACCCCAAAAACUUUCAGAGUACUGGUCUAAUUGGGGGUGCAAAGCUCACCACAAGCAUACCGUUGAGUCAGCAAGAGGAUCUAAUUGUGUGGAUGAGAACAGCAGCACUGCCAACUUUCAGGAAGCUAUAUGGGAAGAUAGAAGUGGACCUUGAAGCUGAUGAUGAAGUAACUGUAGUAAUAGAGAACAACUAUAACACAUACAGUUUUGGUGGAAGAAAAAGGCUGGUACUUUCAACCACUACUUGGAUUGGUGGGAAGAAUGAUUUUCUAGGCAUAGCAUACAUUUCUAUUGGUGGAAUUUGCCUGUUCUUCGCUAUAUCAUUCAUCCUUUUGUACGUCAUCAAGCCUAGGCCUCUUGGAGAUCCAUCCUACUUGUCUUGGAACAAAAAUACAGCAGCAAAUAUGAAGUAGGAUUUUUUCAGUAUUUAUCCUACUUCAAGUCUUGAAAGACCUUUUGAAAUAGACUGAUCAGAUUGAACCCUUGUCUAUAUCUGAAAGCGAAAUAUUACUAUAGCUUCCAGUAUUCAUAAAUAGUCCAAAAC